AAUUAUUGGCAUAGCUCACAAUCGGUUUGAACAAUAAUGGCUAUGUCUUCAAAGGUUGUUCACACUAAUUGUUGUUUAUUUUGGUUUAUAUCCACAGUAUUGAUAGAACAUAUGCACGAUGUAGAUGACAAAUAGGAUCACAAAUCAAUCCAAGGAUGACCUCGUUUUCCUCGAGCCCAUAUUUGGGGUCAAAUGGCCCGUGCAGGAUUUUGCCGGGUGAAAGCAGCCAGGUUCAACCCAAGGCUCAACUGCUCCAGAUUUUGCGUCUAGCAGGUGCUCAAGAGGACAUCUUCACUUUGAAAGAGGUCAUGCAUUACCUGGGUCAGUACAUAAUGGUGAAGCAGCUCUACGACAAGCAGAGGCAGCAUAUUGUACACUGCCAGGAUGACCCACUGGGGGAACUGCUAGAGGUGGACAGCUUCUCAGUCAAAAACCCCAGCCCAGUGUACGAGAUGCUUAAGAAGAACUUAUUCGUCCUGAACUAUACUGAUGCGGCAAAGAAUCUGUCUGUGGGCAAGGAUUCUUGUGAGGGCGCGAGCGAGGAUCCCGGUCAGGUAAAAAGUCAGCAUGGUGCACAGGAGAAAUGGGUGGCCCGGGUGUCCAGCGGCGUGUGUAGGCUGGGCCUCGGCAUUGGCAUGUUGGGAGCUUCGUCCGGUCCCUCACAGACAGCCUCCCAACGUCGACCGCGAGAAAUGGAUGAAGAUUCUUUGGAUGGUUUGCCAAGGUCAGCAUGUAAAAGGCCUAAGCUUGACGUGGCGCUGGAUGAGUGGGACCUGUCCGGGCUGCCCUGGUGGUUCCUGGGUAAUUUGCGUAGCAACUUCUCUCGCAAAAGCAACGGCUCCACUGAUAUUCACACUAAUCAGAUCUCUCCUGGGCAGGAGGAGGACACGGCCAUCGUUUCGGACACAACGGAUGACCUCUGGUUCCUGAACGAGGCGGAGAGUGAGCAGGUGAGCAUGGAGAUGAAGGAGGCAGCGCUGGAGCAGGGCAGCGAUGCAGAGUCUCCCCCUCCGGAGGACGAGGACGGCAGCAACACCGGAGUACUCUCAGACAAGGACAAAGAGAUGUCUGAGGAAAUUGAUGAAGACACUCAGUGUUUGAGUGAUGACACAGACACGGAGAUAUCCAUACAGGACGCCUGGCAGUGUACUGAGUGCCGCAAGUUCAACACGCCUCUGCAGAGGUACUGCGUUCGCUGCUGGGCGCUGCGGAAAGACUGGUACCGCGGAUGCCCGCGCCUCGAACACUCGCUCUCCGUCCCUGACAUCCCGGCAUCCGGCAGCGGUCGUCAAACCAAAUGCCCCGCCACCUCCACCAGCCAGGGUCAAGACGAAGACGAAGACGAAGAGGAUUACGACGAGGACGAUGGCGUGGACGUGCCCGACUGCGUGCGCACCAUCUCCGACCCGGUUAUCCUGCCCUCGCACGUGGAGACGAGCGGCCGGCCCCUGCCCUCUUUCCUGGGGAAGGGGAAGGGCCGGCUCCCGCCCUCCGCCAUGUCUCUGUUCAGGGGGGAGUCCGGCCUGGGUGGCGGUGGGGAGAGCUCGGAGGGAGACAGUCAGGAGGGCCUGCUGCUGGAGGAGGACGAGGCGUCUGCUGCGCUGUGGCAGAAGGACCUCUUGGAGCCCUGCAAGCUGUGCCGCGUGCGCCCGCGCAACGGGAACAUUAUCCACGGACGCACCGCGCACAUGCUCACCUGCUUCCCCUGCGCACGCAAGCUGCACAAGUUCCAGGCGCCGUGCCCGGGCUGCGGGCAAAUCAUCCAAAAGGUAAUCAAGGCCUUUGUUGCCUGACAUGUUUGGUUUCUCCUGUUUGUUUGUUUUUGUUUAUUUGAGUAUGUAUAUAUAUAUAUAAAUAAUAUGUUCUGUGAUGAAACUGAAGUAAGAUUGUCUGUCAGUUGUCCUGGGCCCAGGGAGGGAGAGAUGAGGCCCAGAAUUGGGUCCUCAAUACAUUAUAUAUAUAUUGAACUGGAGAUCCUUUGACAAUGACUUAUUCCCGGGCCUAGGCAAAGCCGUCAGUGACCCUGAACACACACACACACACACACACACAUACACACACAUACACGCGCGCGCACACAGACACACUCACACACUCACACACUCUCUUUCUCACACACACACACACACACACACACACACACACACACACACACACACACACACACACACACACACACACACACACACACACACACACACACAGCUCAUCUGUGUGCUCCAUGCUCUUGAUCCACACACUUAAACCUGUUUUGGUGCCUACCGUAUAUAUGAAGGGCUUGUUAUCAGCCGAUAUGUAUAAAUAAUUUAUUGAAUUUCACACUUGCACAUAUGUGUACUUAACUUCCCAUUAUCUGUUUUGUUUUGUGUUUUUAAUUUGCUGAAGUCACUGCCAUGGUGUUGUUCUAUGUUUAAUUUGUUAUUAUUCAUGACAGGUUUGUAUGUACAUUCAUGGAGAUUGAAAUUAUAUGUGAAUGUUCAAUAAACUAAAGCUGAAUAAGAUA